AUGAUACUGCAUUGGAAAGAUAAUCCAAAACCAUUAAAGCAAAUAUGUCUUGUCAAUGUUGAGAUAGAACCAAAUCCAUGUUGGAUUACAAUCAUUUGUGAAAAUCAAGUAAAUCUGCUAAAAGCUUUUGCUCUUUGCUGUGAGAGCAUAUCAUUUCAAUAUACUCGAAUGGAUGUGGGAACGAAUGACAGAAAAGAAAAAAAGGAUACAGAUGAAGAGGAAACUAUAUGGAGAUCAGAUGAGAAAGUUGAGGAAAAGGAAGAUUAUAUGGGAGUAAUUAAGAUCAAAAUUACUGCAGAAGAAGAUUUCUUUUUCAGUUUUCUUAAACUGUCAGGGAUUGAAACGAGAAGACCUGUAAUGGGAUUAGACUUUGCCUCAUUAUAUUCCAGUCUCAUCAUGGCUUACAAUCUCUCUUCAGAUAAAAUAAUACUAACAUAUGAAGAGGUUGAUAUUGCGGAAAAAAUGGAAACAUUUUACAUAAGAUUGAGUUUUCAUUCAAUAACUGAUUUAUUCAAUACGAGAGUAGAGCUUAAAGCACAUCUUGUCCCACUAGGAAAGAAAAAGCUACAACUUGGAAAGAUUAUUAGCAACUCAAAAUCUCCAAUUUUUCUUCGUGAAUUAGCUGGAGGAACUAUUUCAGCAGGAAAAUAUAACUUUAAUCUUGUCGCAGAAUUCAUAACAAAGAAAGGGUUUGGGAUAAAAUAUGGUGAUACUGAUUCUUUAUAUCUCACCUGUCUAGAUAAGUAUUAUGAAAAAUGCAAUGAAACCUUCUCUAGAAAAGAUCUUUUUAAAGAAGCAUAUUGGACUGAAAUGGUUGAAAUUACUAUGGUUGUGAUGAAAAGCUUGCGUGAUCAAGUAAAUGCUUAUCUUGGGAUAAAAAUGGCACAUCUUAUCUUAAGAUGGCAUAUGAAAAGGCUAGAUGAUCUCUUUAUAAGAGGAAUUGAUACUGUGAAGCAAGGGAAUUCUGAGUUCUUCAGGUUUAUCGGAGAAAAGAUUAUGUGA